AGUGCUUUUAAGUUGUGGGGGCCUUUCCCUGGAGUCAGAAGAUUGUUUCAGUUUCCUGAGUAAAUUGCUUAAGGAAGAGUCUCAGCGUUGUGUCUUCCUUGCUGGUCGAGGCGGUUGCCACAAGUGGUGGCACGUAUGGGGAAUUCCUCCUCUGAAGAGACUCAGAACCUUCUGCAGCCAGGGCAUUGCACUGGUAAGUCCCAGGACCAACAGGAUCCGGUGUGGGUGCCAGAACAAUUGAUCAGGAAAAUCCAACAUGAGGAACACCAUGAGUGUCAAUGUGGUGAUGCUUCUUCUCCUUCCCAUGAUGAGUCAACUGGGGAUGGCGGAGCAGAGAUGGGGGAUACUGUCAGCGUUCCCAAGACUUAUGCCGAUGGGGAGUUUCCAGAAGCUUCUCCAACAGGGAUGUUUAUCUACCUCACCUCUUCCUACAGACUCUACAUCUCCAUCAGCCUUCUGCCUCUGCUUCUAGGAAAGCCUCUUUGAACUCUGUUGUGGCCUCCUUAACUCUUCUGUAGUCAUCUUGUAACCUACAUAUCCAUGCAUGUAGACAUGCAACUGUGGGGAUAAAAGAACUCAUGUUUGCCCCAGCCAGCUCCUAAGGGAAUUCAGAAUUACUUGGUAAAUUGCAGCCAACCUAACAGAUGUGAAUUUGUCACUCAAUUCUGACAUUGUGGAAAGACACGAGUGUGUCUGUCUAUGUUUCUGACAUAGUACACCCAUGACAGUAACCCUGAACCCAAGCCUCCUGAAUGCCGUCACACAAUAAUAGCUGUCUGGCCGAGAGAAGGUAUACAGUGUGGCGCAUGGACCUUCUUUAGAUGCCUUUCCCCACCGUCUGCAGUUCCAGCUCAAUAAUCUGAUGGACUCUACAAAAUGUGGCUGUCUUGGUAACAGUAGCUGAACAUUUGGACAAACUAAACAUGCAUGCUCUUUCUCUGCCUUAAUUUCAACCCAGCUUUAACUUUGGAACAGCGCUGGCUUCCUGGUCCUUGCCAGCAAGGCUACUGUCUCGAUACACUCACAGAAGCUCACAGUAGUUUUGAUCUGACUCUAUUCUGUCCUGGUAACCAGUUGUAACAUUUCAGUGUUAUUGUUUUUACAUAUGCACCCCUUUUCCUUGUGACAAAGUGAUCCUUAAAGACAUUUUUUAAGACUAAUUUUAUGCAUAUGAGUGUUUUGCCUAGGUGUAUAUAUAUGUACAUUUCAAGAAUGCCUGAUGCCUAAUCUCCUGAAACUGGAGUUAUGGAUGAUGUGGACCAGCAUGUGGGUGCUAGGAUCUGAAUCUGAGUCCUCUGAAGAACAAGUGCUUCUAACUCCUGAAUCAUCUCUCCAGCACCCAUGACAAAGUGAUCUUUUCAAUAUAGGGUCUACUCACUAAACUAAGUAAGGUUAGGGGGCCUAACUAUAUACACUUCUACCACAUGUUUUCUACAAAAAAAAAUGAAUUCAAUUCCCAAGAAAGGCAGUCUUUGCUUAUUUAGAAAGAAUACGCUUCCCAAUGAGGCAAGUAAUCAUAGAGAAUAACUUGGGCUAUGCACAUACCCACCUCUGAACAAUGCAUCUAGCAAUCUGUUAGCAACCAAGGACCCCAACCUGCACAGAGCUGUAUACAUACUUGCUUUAAACAAGAAUAAAUUUCUCUCCUGAGCAACCCUUUGAUACUUCUUGGUUUCACUUGAACACAUCCUAG